AUGGCGAAGAAGACUGUCAAUACCAAGACGGAGGCCCCGGAACCCCAGGCCGAAUUUCCAAAGAGUCUCAAACAGUUCAAACCCGCUCCGUACUUCCAGUCGACCGCGGAGAGUCUGGCGAAGGACCAGAUAGUGACGAUUGACAAGCUAUUCAGCUCCAAGUUUUGUCGGGAACUUAUUGGGGUCUUCGGUUCAUUUGACCUAGUUACCGCCUAUAUUCAGAAGCGCAACUACUACGCACCAAGGUAUAACGACCGGAUUAUGCUGUCAGAUAGACAGACUGCAGACUCUCUAUGGGUUCAUCUGAAGAGCGUUCUCCUAGAGGCUCAAGACCCGUGGAUAAGAAAUGAAUUCAGCAACGCGAUUGGACUUAACCCUGAUUUCAGGAUAUACAGGUAUAAGAAAGGCCAUUAUUUCGAAGACCAUUACGACGAAAGCGUUAAAGUUGGUACAAAUUUCACUAAGUGGACAGUUCUCAUAUAUUUGACUGGAGAUGACGAGUUCAAGGGAGGUGAGACUAAAUUUGAAAACGGUGUUGCGGUCCAUCCGUCCAAAGGAAUGUGCCUUCUUCAUAAGCACGGAGAUUACUGUUUGAUGCAUAGAUCCGAGUUGGUUACGGCUGGUGAGAAAUGGGUUUUGAGAACUGACGUUGUAUUCCAACCACGACCAAAAUGA